AUUUUUGUAUUUUCUACUGUAUGAUCUACUAUAGAGUUGAGAAGGCAUAUGUUAAUCAGAAAAAAUUGGAAAGUGAAGCUAAGCUAUUACAAGCACAUGUAGGUCAUUUUUCAAAGCAAACCUCCCUAUGGCUACAAAUGGUAGAGAAUUUCAAUCAAUCAUUAAAGGAACUUGGUGAUGUAGAGAAUUGGUCCAGGGUUAUUGAAGCAGAUAUGACAUCAAUAGCUAGUGCACUAGAGUAUGCUUACAAAGGUGAUGGUCCUAGCAGUAGUUAGUAUUAAAAGAUAUUAGAAUACUUUUAACCCAGGAACUCGUAGUUGUUCAUACAGUCCUAUAUUUUCUGUAAUAAUAUUAUUUUUUGGUUGGUUAGAGAGAAAGAAAUUUCCAAAAUGG